AAAUGGCUGACCAGUGCAGCUUUUUCUCCUAAGCUCUGUAACGCUUAAACAAGAGGUCGGACCUCAAAACCAACCGCAGAAUCGAAAGACAGAAUUUAAUUUUCUACAAGUAAGUACCAGUCACUUUUUUUCGUAUCUCUUGCGGUUACGUCCCAAAACGGCUUCAAAGUAAAAAGUGUUCGUUAAGUCUGGAAAAUCGAGAAAGUUAACUCCCUGGCAUAAACUAAUCUUGGACCUAACUUAUCACCAAAUUAUUCUUCAAGCCGAUUUUUGGUAACUCGUCACUUAAGGGGCCUGGAGGCAUCGUAGCAUAGACGUUAAAAAGUAGCAAAUUCUUAAAAGAGCUAAACGGCGCAGUCUUUUCUCCCAAGCUCAAACAUUUAUAUAAUAUUGAUUAAAAAAAAAAUCAGAGGAAAAUUAAAAUAUAAGCGCUGAACUCAUCACUUCAAAUUGCAGCCCGUUCUUUGUGAUGGUGGUGGGGGAACCUACCUCUUGCCAUCCCCACUACUGUGACCGGGGAUGACCGCAUGCUACCUGAGGCGGUUGGACACAGACCCCGUCAGUUGCCCGUUUGUCAGUAUCCAGGUGACAGUGUUUGAGUAGCGUUCUUGUUUUCAAGAAAGUAUACACUUUAAAGAUAUCUUGUUAUUUGAAGACUGUAGUUUACACAGUGUUUUUAUAAAAUUAUAAGGCAGUGUUAAUAUCCAGAGGAAUUUAGAGACUCGUUGUGACUUUGAGGGAAAAACUUCCAUACCCGCUGACCUGUAGGAUCAUAGAACUUUUUCUAGUUCUGAACAUCUUCAACAAAUAGUAAGUACUAUUUACUUUACUUUUCUGAGUUUUAAUUGCCAAGACAAACAUUGCAUCAGUAUUUUAUGUGAAGUUUGACUUAAAAAGCCAUAUUUACAAGAUCACUAAUUUUAAGGUAUUUUUACAGAAUCAUGGGCCGACGCAAGAGUAACAGAAAGCCUCCUCCAAAAAGAAAGGCGGUUGAGUCCUUGCUAGUGGAGUUCAACUGCCCAUUCUGCAAUCACGAGGGAUCGUGUGAUGUGACGAUGGAUAGAGGACGUAGAUCUGCGAAGAUAGCGUGUCGAGUUUGUUUCGAGGACUUCCAGACAACCAUCCACUUCUUGACAGAGCCUAUUGAUGUCUACAAUGAUUGGAUAGACGCGCGUGAGACUGCCAACUGAAUCCCCACUGCGUAUGCAUUGCGGUAAGAGACCUAAAUUAAAUUAGAUAUAGAUAAUAUUACGGCAAUUAUAAUUUCUGUGAAAUCAACCGUAUAUUUAGUUUGGAACCGUAAAAACAUAGAAAUAGAC